CUACAAGAAGCGCUCGUGGUCUUCAAACGAUCCACCCCAAAGCUGACCUGGUCUUCGCACAAACUUCCAGCAGAGACUCCUGCAAUGUCCAGCGGAGGCAAACACCAUGGAUGCGCCACAUGAGGCGGACUGGAGAAACUGAAACUACCGCUCAAAGUUUGUCCUUAGAGACCACUGUGACACUUGCUAAGAAUACACGUAACUUUCACUGUGUUUUUCUGCUUCUCUAACACUUUUCACUUAUCGCCUGCCACUUGGGAUUGCUUGGAUUCCGCGGUGUUUCUUUAUAUGUGCUGCCGGGGACACGUAUAGUUUUUUCGGGGCGGUCCGCUUUUAGGAAGGUGACAUGCAGGUUCUCGGUUGGACCAUAGUUUUCCUCUGCCAGUGGAUCCAACAGAAGGUCCAAGGGUUGGAAAAGCAAGUGGAAUUCUCAGAUUUGGGACCAGUGGGUUCAGUGAUGAAGACCCUUCCAUAUGGCAUGGGUGGAGGCACAGCUGGAGGAGUUGUUAAGCCUCCUUACCAAACCCGCAUCUUCUCCACAUCCAUUGACCAGACACCCACGAAGUCCAAGCCACCCACCUACAGCUUCUUUAAUCCAUACGACUCAGGCCGAAACCAGACCCUGCUACUGGACCAGACAGGUUACCGGUCCAAGCGCAAGCCCUCACUAAAAACAAACAUGAAGACCAAGAAGAUGUUUGGCUGGGGAGAUUUCUACUUCAGUGUCAAGACUGUGAAGUUCAGCUUGCUGGUGACAGGCAAGAUCAUAGACCACAUCAAUGGGACCUUCACUGUUUACUUCCGCCACAACUCGUCCAGCCUGGGGAACGUAUCAGUCAGCAUCGUGCCGCCAACCAAAGUGGUGGAGUUUGAGGUUCUCCAGCAGCAGCAGCUGCACCCUCACACCCAGCAGGACAUCCAGAUCCAGGACACGCAGCAGUCAACUAUCGACCCCAAAGAGGGAAAAACCCUUAACUGUAGGAUCGAAUAUGAAAAAACCGACAGAUCAAAGAAGUCCAAAGCCUGCUUGUAUGAUCCGUCCAAGACCUGCUUCUCAGAGCACACCCAGUCCCAAGCUGCCUGGCUCUGUGCCAAACCCUUCAAGGUGAUCUGCAUCUUCAUCUCUUUCUUAAGCAUUGAUUACAAGCUGGUUCAAAAAGUGUGCCCGGACUACAACUUCCAAAGUGAGCGUCCUUAUUUCGGAUAAUUAAAUGAGACUCGAAUGAAAAAAGAAGAAAAAAAAAAAGAGACACUGUUAAC